UACCUUGAACGGCAAGGAGAAUGAGCAGGCUGAAUUGAAUUGUUGCAUUAGUAGAAAAACAGGCGCUGGAGGUGAGGGAAAGGAAUGGAUCUGUUUGGCAUUUUGGUUCGGUCGUUUUUGGUCAAGGCGGUUGAUUUCGAUCUUCGCGCGUUUUGCUUUCGCUGGGUUCAAGUCUUUGGUACGAUAUUCGGCGAAGAAAGGUAUUGCGAGGCAUUUCUGGGCGAUUACGAUCAAGGCAAAAAAAGGGAGGGGGAAGAGGAAAGGAGGCUUGCUCUACCUUAUACCUGGGGAAUCUGGAAUUGGGAUGAGCCUCGGACAGAGGAACGAAGAUAUCCGGAUAGGAGUUAUCUUGCUUUUGGCGCAGGAUUGGGACAGAAACGAGGAGUUGCGUCCUUGUUCACGAUAACGGCGUAUUCAUUGUUUUGAGUUUUUGUGGUUCCGAUUUAUAUGUGACGGCGGGGACAACAAAAUUGCACAGACUUUGGGAGAGAAAGUUGGUCGAGAGGAGUCAGAUGGGAGGAGGAGAUUCGACUACGGAGUAGUCAUUUGCUGGAGGUGGAACAAGAAAAAGAUUUCGUUGAGGAAUACCCGGAAACUUGGAGAGGCGUUCCAUUGGGCUACCGGUAAGUUGAACUGUCAAGAAUGGAAAUACACUUUGCGCCUUUAUUGGCAAGGAGGCAGGGAAAUGGAACAGGAUGCAUGGCGCUAUUGUAGCCCAAGGGGGCAGCAAAAGAAAAAAAAGAGCCCAAAGAGCAAAAGCACAAAAAAAUUGAAAAAAGGAAAGAAAGAGGGAAACAACAAAAUCACUGCUGUGGAAAAGGGGGGUUGAGCGUAAAACUAGCUUUGGGGUGUAGGGACUUUGUUUUCAUGCGCGGUUUUCCUUUUAUACUCGUCUCCUCUUUGGGCGGCUCUGGGAAUAGGCUUGGGCUCUUUGUCGGUUUUUUAUUGGUCUUUAUGAUUUUUAGGGAUGGAAUGGAUUUCGAGGAAUUGCUUUCAUUGUUGACAAAGGUCUACUCCGUUAUAUACCGCUGGGGGAAUUACAGGCGCAGUCAAUGAUUGGAAAGAGGAAAGAUGUUAAUGAGAGUUUGGGUGGAAUGGAUAUGCGAGGGCUAGUUAAACGUAACAAGAUACAUGUAAUGGGAGAAAUUGGUUUGCGAAUGUGUUGGUGUUGGCGUUGAGUUGUGAGACUUGUGUACCACCAAGACUUGUCUGUCAUUG